AUGCUCAAGGCACGGAACAUCUUCAAGAGACCGGAGCGCCCUGUUGAGCCGGAGAGCGAUACCGACUCCAUCAGCGAUGAAGAGAUUGAUGUUGUGAAGGAGAAGACGAGAAGACCAAAGGAGAACAACUUCACGCAACAGAAGCUGAAGGCGUUCCACCCGAUCAUCACCCCGAAGUACGUGAUCCCCAUCUUCGUGUGCCUGGCGGUGUUUCUGAUCCCGCUGGGCGCUGCCAUGCUGUACGGGUCCAACCAGGUUGAGGAGCUUUUGCUGUACUACAACGACUGCGAGGAGCUGGCGAACUUUGACUACUUCACCGAUAUGCCGAGUGAUAAGUACGAGGCACACUUCCACGACGCUGUCACGAUAGUGCCUAAGUGGAGGUAUGUCGUCAACGAGUCUGAGACCGAUACUGCUGAACAGGGAACCUGUGAACUGCAGUUCCAAAUCCCAGACGACAUCGGGCCUGCGGUGUAUUACCUGUACAAGGUUGAGAACUUCUAUGCAAACCACCGUCGUUAUGCCAGAUCGUACAGCGAGGACCAGCUGAACGGUGAUGCUGCGUCGUUGAGUACGAUCAAGGACACCGUUGGCCAAAACUGUGACCCUCUGAGUCAGAACGACGACGGUGUCAAGUAUUAUCCAUGUGGUCUAAUUGCGAAUGCGAUGUUCAACGACACGUUUUCAUCGUUAUCCGGCGUCAAUGACACAACUACGGACUAUGAGAUGACCACGGAGGGCAUCGCGUGGUCCACCAACCACAACAGAUUCAAGAAAACCAAGUACAACGCAUCAGAGGUGGUUCCACCGCCAAACUGGGCCAAGAUGUACCCUGACGGAUACACAGAGGAGAACAUGCCUGACAUCUCAACAUGGCAGGAGUUCCAAAACUGGAUGCAAGCUCCGGGACUGCCAACUUUCUCCAAGAUGGUGAUGCGGAACGACGACGACGUGCUUCCUAGUGGCACCUACCAGGUGACCGUGGGGAUGCACUGGCCCGUGAACGAAUUCAACGGUAAGAAGGCCGUCUAUCUAACAACAAGAUCGGUCAUUGGAGGACGUAACCCUUUCCUGGGCAUCUGCUGGAUCGUUGUCGGUGUCAUCUGUCUCGUUGUCGGGCUGGGCUUCCUGGUGGUACACUUCCUCUUCCGUAGAAAACUCGGAGACGUCUCGAAGCUGAGCUGGAACAAAGACCAGUGA